AUGAUUGUACCCGGCAAAGCGGGCUAUCAGUUAUUAGCACGAUGGCGAGGUCUUCUAAUACAUCCAUCCGUGCGUAAUAUGAUUGCUGGUCGUUCACGUUCGGAAACACCACAAGGUGUACCGGAUGAUUGGGGUACUGCAAAACCACUUGAUAAAGAACCAAAAUCAACACCCAUUAAACGCGAUGAAAAACGUAUUGGUGCACCGGAUGUAGUUAAAGGAAACGAAAUUGAAACCUUAUGGCCAACAGAACGUGAAUUACAAGAAGGAGAAUAUACGAAACCUCAGUGGGAAAGAAAACAAGUCAAUCAUAUAUGGUAUGGUUAUGAUUAUGGUGAUAAAUUUCGAGAUGAAGCAAAAAUGAAACAACGAAUGUUUUCACUUGUUUCUGUUGGACUUUUUCUAUUUUGGUUUACAUGGAGAUACUUUCCCGAUCGAUUAUUAACUCAUUGGUGUCAACGUGAAGCAUAUCUUCGUUUAGCUGCCCGUGAAAGUCUUGGUCAAGCAGGUGUUAGUCCAUGGUAUGUCGAUCCGGCUAAAGUUGCACCAUUUUUACCAAGUGAUGAAGAACUUGGCGAUAUGCCCAUUGAAAUUUAG